AGCGACAGGUGAGAAGGCGAAAAGUCCCCCAGAUACAAGUAAAUGUCUAUAGAAGGGAUUCUUCUACUUGGAUCUGAGUUUCCCAGCAGCUCAGCCUUGGCUGUCCCCUUCCUCACUCAACCUCACAAGAUUCCUCCUCUUGGCGGGACGAUUCGGGGAAGCGAGGGGGCGCUUCGCAGGUGGCUCCCGGCAAACUGAGAAGGAACUCCCAGAGCUGCCAAGGAGAAAGAGCAGCGACCGGUCGCGCGCCGGGAACCAGAGAGGGAAGUGACCAGAAGCAAAGGUGAGGCGAGCGGGUUGUCCCUUACCUGCCGCAGGAGCUUCCACCGGGCGGCUCCCAGGGGCGCCGAGACUACGGACCCCCGAGCGGUGCAGCCAAUUGCCGGAUCCUCGCCCGCUGCUCGCGCAGUCUCGUCGGCCCCCGUGUCUGCAACUCGCGACUCCAUCUCACUGGAGCCUUCCAUACCCGGAGGUGCCCCCACCGCUGCUCGUCCCCUGCCAGGACCUGCCAACUUCUUCCCUGUCAGGACCUGUGACGCUCGCCCCACCCCACCCCCACUUCUAUCAGCCCAGGCGUGCGAGCCCUCCCCGAAUUCCGCAUUUCCGGUACUCGCGUCUCCUUGGCAACCAGGGCAGCGCUGUCACGUCAUUGCACCAUUUUGCUGGUAGCCAUCUUGAGUGAGGGCGGGCCAGAGGGUGAGAGAGCUGUGGCAGGGCUACCGGAACGCUGUCCCUCACUGUCUUAGCCUUCCCUGCUUCAUCUCGAGCUCAGAAAACUAGCAAAGAGCCAAGAGUCUUUUAUCUUUGGAGACUAAAGAACCCAGGAAGCCAAGAAAAAAAUCCGUGACCACAACAAAGAUGGCGAAACCUGCCUGUUGCUCGUGCUAGAUUGGGGUUACGUAGAUCGGCGUGCUGCAAACCAGCUCUGGGCGCCUCUGGGUAGGUUGUCGUUGUGUGGGCUGCGGAGCGCAGACUUCGGCUGGACGUUCCUGCUGCGGUGACACCUGCUCUUAACUGAGAGCUUCAGGUUCUCCGGCCUGCCUUCACUGGUUUGUGUCCAGAGGCGGACUCACUCAAUUUGCUUUGCCCCUUUGUGUGCCAGAAUCAGUGCUGCAUAGUUUGAACCUGAUAGGACUGACUUUACAAGUGAGACAUUUAAGUCACAUCUGCCAAGAAGUAUGAUUUGAAUGAAACUUUAACUUAAACAAGUUUUUAGAUUUAGUUAGCCUAAGUUAUCAGCUGUCUGAAGUUAUUCGUAACCUAAGCCGGGCAUGGCCCUGAAAUGGAGGGAUGAGAACUGCUGAUCUUAGAUACUCUGAGAACCCACUACUCUGUAAUCAUACCUAUAAAAUCACUUGUGUGCUGCCAGCCCCAAAGGGAGCAUAAACCAGGGACUUUGAUAUCAUGCAGCAGAAGACCAAAUUAUUUCUCCAAGUUUUGAAGUAUAGUGUUCCUCACCUGGGAAAACGCAUGCAGAAACAGCCUUUGAAUCACUGUAACUUCGCUGAUCAUUAUUACAAUAGAAUAAAAUUGAAAAAAUAUCACCUAACCAAGUAUCUUCAGAAUAAACCCAAGAUAUCAGAGUUAGCAAGAAACAUCCCAAGUCGGAGCUUCUCAUGUAAGGAUCGUCAGCCUGUGGAACAGGAAAACAAAAAACCCCUUCCAGAAAACAUGGAUGCAUUUGAAAAAGUGAGAACAAGAUUGGAAACACAGCCACAAGAAGAAUAUGAAAUCAUCAAUGUGGAGGUUAAACAUGGUGGUUUUGUUUAUUACCAAGAAGGUUGUUGCUUGGUUCGUUCCAAAGAUGAAGAAGCAGACAGUGAUAAUUAUGAAGUUUUGUUCAAUUUGGAGGAACUGAAAUUAGACCAGCCCUUCAUUGAUUGUAUCAGAGUUGCUCCAGAUGAAAAAUAUGUGGCUGCCAAGAUAAGAACUGAGGAUUCCGAAGCAUCUACCUGUGUAGUUAUAAAGCUCAGCGAUCAGCCUGUAAUGGAAGCUUCUUUCCCAAAUGUGUCCAGUUUUGAAUGGGUAAAGGAUGAGGAAGAUGAAGAUGUUUUAUUUUACACCUUUCAGAGGAACCUUCGCUGUAAUGAUGUAUAUCGAGCUACUUUUGGUGAUAACAAACGUAAUGAACGUUUUUACACGGAAAAAGACCCAAGCUACUUUGUUUUCCUUUAUCUUACAAAAGACAGUCGAUUCCUCACCAUGAAUAUUAUGAACAAGAUGACUUCUGAAGUAUGGUUGAUAGAUGGCCUGAGCCCUUGGGACCCACCAGUACUUAUCCAGAAGCGUAUACAUGGGGUCCUUUACUAUGUUGAACACAGAGAUGAUGAAUUAUACAUUCUCACUAAUGUUGGAGAGCCUACAGAAUUUAAGCUAAUGAGAACAGCGGCUGAUACCCCUGCAAUUAUGAAUUGGGAUUUGUUUUUUACAAUGAAGAGAAAUACAAAAGUAAUAGACUUGGACAUGUUUAAGGAUCACUGUGUUCUAUUUCUGAAGCACAGCAAUCUCCUUUAUGUUAACGUGAUUGGUCUGGCUGAUGAUUCAGUUCGGUCUCUAAAGCUCCCUCCUUGGGCCUGUGGAUUCAUAAUGGAUACAAAUUCUGACCCAAAGAACUGCCCCUUUCAGCUUUGCUCUCCGAUACGUCCCCCAAAAUAUUACACAUACAAGUUUGCGGAAGGCAAACUGUUUGAGGAAACUGGGCACGAAGACCCGAUCACAAAGACUAGUCGUGUUUUACGUCUAGAAGCCAAAAGCAAGGAUGGAAAAUUAGUCCCAAUGACUGUCUUCCACAAAACAGACUCUGAGGACUUGCAGAAGAAACCUCUCUUGGUACAUGUAUAUGGAGCCUAUGGAAUGGAUUUGAAAAUGAAUUUCAGACCUGAGAGGCGGGUCCUGGUGGAUGAUGGUUGGAUAUUAGCAUAUUGCCACGUUCGGGGUGGUGGUGAGUUAGGCCUCCAGUGGCACGCAGACGGCCGUCUAACUAAAAAACUCAAUGGCCUUGCUGACUUAGAGGCUUGCAUUAAGACGCUUCAUGGCCAAGGCUUUUCUCAGCCAAGUCUAACAACCCUGACUGCUUUCAGUGCUGGAGGGGUGCUUGCGGGAGCAUUGUGUAAUUCUAAUCCAGAGCUGUUGAGAGCAGUGACUUUGGAGGCACCUUUCUUGGAUGUUCUCAACACCAUGAUGGACACUACACUUCCUCUGACAUUAGAAGAAUUAGAAGAAUGGGGGAAUCCUUCAUCUGAUGAAAAACACAAGAACUACAUAAAACGUUACUGUCCCUAUCAAAAUAUUAAACCUCAGCAUUAUCCUUCAAUUCACAUAACGGCAUAUGAAAAUGAUGAACGUGUACCUCUGAAAGGAAUUGUAAGCUAUACUGAGAAACUCAAGGAAGCCAUCAUGGAGCAUACUAAGGAUACAGGAGAAGGUUAUCAGGCCCCUAAUAUUAUUCUAGAUAUUCAGCCUGGAGGCAAUCAUGUCAUUGAGGAUUCUCACAAAAAGAUUACAGCCCAAAUUAAAUUCCUGUACGAGGAACUUGGACUGGACAGCACCAGUGUUUUCGAGGAUCUUAAGAAAUAUAUGAAAUUCUGAAACACUGCUUUCAACUGGGAAUUGGAAACACUGAAAUAUUUGGUAGUGUUACUUCCAAUUGAGUUAGCAAAAAAAAAAAAUUAGUUACUUAGAGAUUUUGAAGUUAUUAAUCUUUUAAAAUGUGCUUCUCCAUCUAAAUUGUGCUUAGUCUACAUCUCACUUGCUUAUACUGUUCUCUCCAUUGAUGCACAUGCCCAUUAACCUAGGAAAGUAGUUUUCAAAUCAUGCUCCUUAGAAGGACAUGGAGUUGGGGCCAAGGGAAGGAUUGGUGACAGCAGAACUCCAGGCCUCCCUUCCAGUCAGAACAGUUGAGCAGUUUACAAAUCAGUGUCCUGCCUCUUUGCUAGCAAAUGCUUUUAGACACUGGCAGGGAGUCAUCCUCUGAUUUCUAAGACUGCAUUUUAAGGGAAAAUAUCACAUUCUUCCCAUUAAAAUGUGUUAAGAGUUUUUGAAUAAUCUGGGGUCCUAAUGUGUUCUGGUCAUCCCUGAUUGAUGCUAUCUCAAUAAAGUUAUAAGCUCCCAUAAG